UAUCAUUUUCAAAACUUUUUAAAUCUCCAUCUUCAAUGAAAACAGAACCGCUUUACAGGCUCGUUAAGUUACCGGGACUUUCAAAAAAACGGGCCCUUGGUCCCAGUAAUAAAAAUGAUGUUUCCCUUGUAGGUUUAUGUUAUUCAGUGGUGAUUCAAGCAUUGACCACGAGCCUGGCAGUGGUCAUGUUUCAUUCAAGCGGCAUAAACAGGAUUUCAGUGCCGUAGAUGGGAGUAACAGCAGCAGCAAGAGUCAGUGUACUUCCCUUUUUAUUGAACCUGUUAGCUGGAUGCUUCCUUUACUUGAGGGAACAAUUGAUGGAAAGCUUCCUUGUCCCAAGUGUGGUGGAAGGCUGGGUUCAUUCAACUGGGCAGGAAUGCAAUGUUCUUGUGGAAAGUGGGUGACACCAGCAUUUCAGAUUCACAAAAACAGAGUUGAUGAAUCAAGGACAGUAUGCCAAUCUUUUGCUAAACCGAUUCAACAUGAAGAGAAUUCAAGCUAGGAUAAUGUCUUGCAUUUCUGUCAGUGUCUCCUCUCCAAGAAAACAAUUAUGCGCCUUUACAGAGAAAGAUAGCUUGGUAGUGUAUGACAUCUCAAGUUUCCUUAGCACUGUCCAAGCAGACAAGAGUGAACUCUCUUUAUGGUCAUUUGUUUCAAGUUUAGAUUUAAAAUAAAAUGGCUCAGAAGCAAUUUUGACAAAAAGCAUACAGAAGGACAUGUACCCACAAGCCUGGGAGUUCAUCACCAUUUUAUCAAAUAAAAAAGGAAACUCCAA